AAAUCGCGAGGAUCUGUUUUUCACAGACCUGACUCUCAUUCGCCUCGAGCACUGGCCCAGUACUACUCGAGGCUUCGAGGCCAAGUUCGAAGGACUGCAACUGCCAUGCUACUAGAAUUCUGCAUGUCACUGUUCAUCAUCAAGAGCGUUUCGUGGCCGAAUCAUGGCACAAUUUUUCAUGACAGUCUGUCGUCGAACAAACGAGGCAGUCGCAUAAAGAAGAUUCAGUCCGAGUCAGACAGUUCAUCUGUCAAUUGACACCGACACCCAGACAGUCCGACCUAGGGUAUUGGGCACAUGGCCGCCAGAAAACAAAUUCCCAACCAGCUUUGAGCCAUAACCGAAAAGGACAACCUUUUCCUAUCGAGACCGCAAGUUUGUCUUGCAUGCCCACAGCCUCGAGCACAACGUACUUGGCACGUCAGAAUGACCGUUGCAUUCUCAAUACAUUUGGCAAGAUACUCUUAUAUCUUGGACCAAUUCGACAAUCACGACCUCUCCGCGCACGGACCGGUCGACUUUGCUCCUUCUUUCCAACGCCGCGAAGCUCUCCCCACCUUCACAUCACAACACUCCAACUUCAUUUCAUUCUCAACGUAACUGACACAACUUUCUAUCAGCACACUCCUACCACACACCUCUUGACUUGUGCCUCCUCUCUUGCCGGUGGCGAUCCCUUUACCGAACCAAACAGCGAUCACAGCAACAAGCACUUCUCAUUCUCACCAGACCCCUCAGUCUCUGAGAUCGUUCGCAACUUCAUCUGGGGUAGCAAACUCGGCCAACCAGUCCCCGCCACACUCGAAAAAGAACAAGAGUACUUAGGUCUCAUCUACAUUGGGGAACUCUACGACGAUCACAUCGAGAACAUGUCGGAUCGUCUCAUCACUCAAGCCAAUUCAAGGCUCACCAAGGCUAACCUUGUCACUCUGCUCACCAAGCAGGAGGCCUGGUCUUCACUGGACUUGGAGACGAGACGCGAGCUGUACCGCAUGCUGCCAAGUACCCUGAAGGGCGACAUGGUCGCCAUUGACCCUGACAUGCACCCCCUGAAGACUGGCUUCGCAAAGUACAUCAAGCACUUCAUCUAUGAAUGGGAGCAGGAUCUCGCCGCUGGCCGCAGAACCGCCAAGUGGCAGAGAGAAGCCAAGCAGGCCAGCGGUGAGCGCAUGGCCGGGGCAUACGACGGCUGGAAGGAGACGGAGCGCGAGGAGCACUGGGGUCAGAAGUAUGAUCGCGAGCACUACCACGCCAAGACUCUCUAAACAGGGGUGACCAUGACUGUGCAAUGAAGCAAUGAAGAUAACGACGACUAAUGACGGGUGGAAAUGGCUUUUAAUGACGAAAUUAUAAUAAUGCUUCGCUCUCUCCAAAACGUUCACUGCGCGAAUGGAAAUUAUUGUGCCUUUAUACAGCUACUUAU